CCUUCCUUCAUUCUGCUCAGAAGCUUGUCAAGACGCAACAUGGACACGACGUGUUUCAGAGCAACAGCACAUUUUCCACCAAGAGCGCAACCGAAGAGCUUCAGCAUUGACUGGAUCCUUUCUUCUGGACACCGAAAGCCAGCUCUCGAUAGGCAUAUGGCUUUUACACAACCUAAAGUUUUCAUGCGCGGAGCUUUUUUCCCAGCGUUAACGAACAGGCCUUUUGUUGCUGCGUUCUCAUCCGGGUGCGUCUUCACCCCGGACUUUUACCAUCGCCAGAAUCCCGCAUUCGGAUACGCAGAGACGCGGCUCCAUGAUGGUCAGCAGUCGGUUGGAGAUUUUAGUCUGAAAACCUGUCGGCGGAUCCGGACGGUUUUUAGCUCAGAGCAGCUGCAAAAACUGGAGGAGGUUUUCGCUAAGCAGCGAUACAUGACAGGAUCAGAGAAAGUGCUGCUCGCCUCGGCGCUGCGUCUCACUGAAACACAGGUGAAAGUAUGGUUUCAGAACCGAAGGACCAAAUGGAGGAAGAACAGAGAAGUCGAGGGAGAACGACCAAAGGACCAGUGCAGUGACUUGAAGCAUGAAACGUCUAUGACAGACGACGGAGAUUUCAAAUCUGUGGACAGUGACGAAUCCUCUGAAACGUGAACAAGUCCAAUACACAGACCAAUGAAUCUUUUCUAAUUCUUGUUAAACAAGAACUUAAUGCAACAUGUCACUGUGUGGCUUAAUAGCUAUUUGUUUUUUUCUUUUACAAAAAAAAAACCGUUUAUAGCAUUUUUUUCUUUUCUUGAAUACAUUUAUGUGAUGAAAUGUA